AUCUAACCACGACGAAGAUUAUUUCCAAAAUUUCCCAAACUGCUCAAACUUCUCCGGCGGAUUUUGGAGACAUUAUCGGAGAACGGCGCCGUUUUCUUCACCGUGAUUUUCGUUGCCCACUUCACUGCUAAUGUUAGCCUCAUCGCAACAAUCUCCUUCUUCUGAUUGAUUCUCUCUAUUUGUGAAGGCACACUGGGUUUUGAGCUGGUGUUGAAGCAAUGGGUAGUUCAUUUAAUGCUCAGAUAUUAGUGGAGAAGCUUGCCAAGCUCAACAAUUCUCAAGCAAGCAUAGAGACUUUAUCACAUUGGUGUAUCUUUCACAUGAACAAGGCAAAGCAUGUUGUAGAAACAUGGGGUAGGCAGUUUCACUGUGCCCCACGUGAGCAACGUUUGGCAUACUUGUACCUCGCGAAUGAUAUCUUGCAGAAUAGCAGGCGAAAAGGUUCAGAGUUUGUAGGUGAGUUCUGGAAAGUACUCCCUGAUGCUCUUCGUGAUAUGAUUGAAAAUGGUGAUGACUUUGGAAGAAAAUCUGCACGUCGAUUGGUUAAUAUAUGGGAAGAAAGGAAAGUUUUUGGAUCCCGUGGACAAAUUCUUAAAGAAGAACUUCUGGGAAGGCAGCCUGAAAUUGGAACCAGAAAUGGAAAUCUCGUGCCACUUAAGCUCUCUGUUCCUCAGAGACAGGCAAAUGGAUCUACACUGGAGAAAGUAGUGUCUGCCGUUGAAGUUCUUCAUGGUGUACAAAUUGAUGAGGAUGCUAUUGUUGGAAAAUGUACUAAUGCUGCUGGUUACCUUGAGAAAACAACACAAGAGGUUGAGAGAGAUCUUAGUUCAGGACACACCCCUGGGCCAGCGUUGGUAAAGGAGUUGCAGGGACAACAUGCCAUAUUGAGAGACUGCAUCGAACACCUAGGGGCAAUGGAGACAUCCAGAACAAGUCUUGUCUCACAUUUGAGAGAAGCUUUACAAGAACAGGAACUCAAGCUGGAGCAAGUCCGCAACCACCUUCAGAUUGCUCGGUUUCAAUCAGACCGAAGUGGUGAUCUCUGCAGACAGCUUCUAGACCAUGGUGGUAGUUCACAGCCUCCUGCUACAGAAGAAGAAGAGUCAAAAGAAGCCAUCAAACUUCCAUCCGCUGCAGCAGCACCGCAAAGCUUCACACACAGUGAUGUGGAACAAUCUGCACCUGUUAUGUUUGCUUCAAACCCAACUCAAGCAGUUCAAGACCCAAGAAAAACUGCGGCUGCCGCAGUGGUAGCUAAGCUAACUGCCUCAACUUCCUCAGCCGAGAUGCUCUCCUAUGUUCUCUCAUCCUUAGCCUCCGAAGGCCUCAUCGGAAACAACAAACCACCUGCUGUAACAGAAACUCUAUCAUCCGUUGACUACCCACCAGAGAAAAGACCCAAGCUUCAAAACCAAGACCAGUCCUAUCUCCCACUGCACCAACAGAACACUGCAACAACAUCAUCCACCACACCCCCACCACCGCUUCCACCACCACCACCAUUCCAGCUUCAACCCCAGUUCUUGCAGCCCUUACAGCCUCCUGGUCCUGUAAACCACACACCAUUCAACUACACCAUAGCAACCACAACUGCAACAACACAGCAGCAGCAACAACAACAACAGCAACAACAAGAUCAAGGUCCUCCUUGGGUUCCUGGGCUCACUCAACUUUCAACAACCUCUGCUCCAUCGGAAAAUUCAUACCAGAAGUUUCAGGGACAAGAUGGUUUCUAUGGCAUUAACUCAUCAAUGCCUAUUACACCUGUCACUCGGCAGUAGAGUAAAUCUGUUAUAGGGGGUGAAUAUAGGAAAAAGCUCGCUUUGUUUUUUUGGUUUUUUUGUUAAAUAUAGUUUUAAUGGUCUUUUGAUAAUUAGGAUUUUACGUUCUUAAAAUGUGCUUUGUAUGCUUUCUAAUUGUGCGUACUAAUCAAAAGGCUUCAUCUCUGUAAACAUUUCAUAAAAAAAUCCCUUCUUUUGCUCUGAGAUUUUACUA